UGGCACUCUCGCUUCGACCGUGGGAGGAGGCGGACGUGUCACCCUCUGGCUCUAACUCCGCUCUCCUCGCUCCGACCCUCUCGCUCGCUUCAUCUCACCUGGCUUUUGCACCUGCCCCGUGAUACCUGUGUGCUUAAGUGACCAUGUGCGUUGCGAAAGAGGACGAGGGAAGGACAGAUACAGACAACUUUGACGAGUUCUUGGAAGGUGAAUGAAUAAACGAAGAGUGAGUGAGGGAGGACAGGACAAAAAACAACAACGAACAAAAGGGCUCUCUGAAAACGAUGAAACGAAUGAAGACUGUGAAACUGAAACUGUGAAACUGAAACUGUGAAACUGAACGAUCAACUGUUUUAAGAUGAGGCGAGGACGGGAGUGGAGAUAAAAGAAAAAAAUAGUGAUGUUUUCUGGAAGCCGAGACUCGCUUUGGUGUAGAAAAAACUGAAUGGAAAAACGGUGCCUGGGAUUUGUGAAAGAAAAAAAGGAGAUGAAAUAAGAGAAGGAAAAAACAAAAACACUGCAUUCCAUUUUUGCUGAUGGUGAAAAACACGAAACUGAGAAAGAGAUGUUACAAGAAAAGAAUAGAUAAAGAAUCAAUGACAAAAAAAAAUGCGAAACUGAGAUAGAAAAUGGUGCAAGAAAAUAUUUAAACCUAUACAUAUAUUUUCGCUGACGGAGAGAAAUGCAAAACUGAAAAAGAAAGUGAUACAAGGAAGGAACAUUUAAACAGUGACUAUAAAAAAUGAAAAAGUGAGAGAGAAACAGACGCAAGAAAAGAACAUCUAGACAUUUAAAUCGUUGACAAUAAAUGUGAAACUGAGGAAGAAAUUACACAAGAUAAAAACAGUUACACAAUCAUUGACAAUUAAAAGAAAAUGUGGAACUAAAAAGGCAAAUAAUACAAGUGAACAACUUCUGAAUAACCACAAAAAAAAAAAAACAUACGAAAGUGAGAAAGAAAAUGGAACAAGAAAAGAAGAGUUAAACAAUCAUUGACACUACAGUAAAACAAAACGAAAAACAAAGAAACACAAAACACGUCUGAACACGAACCAAACGCGUAGAAAACCGGAUCACAACACGUACGAAAAGUGCAAAAAAAGUGAACGUUAGUGAAGUGAAGAAGUGUAACCCAACUAACCACUUCAAACUAACAAAACAAAACAAAAACAACAAGUAAAAGAGGAGACGGGAUAGGGACUUGAGAGGGAGAGAGAGAGAGACAGAGAAGAAAAAAAGUGCCUCCCUCCCCUACCACCUCCCUCCUCCCCCUCCCCCCUCACGCCCCCUCACCAUGACGUCUCUCCCCGCCCCCCUCACUGUCACCAGCCUCCUCGCCGCCCUCAUCCUCGGCCACGCCCCCGUCCUCGGUGAGGGCCCGCACAUCACCUGGGGGCGCGCCAACACCAAAACCGCCUACUUCGAGGACGCGGGCACCACCAACGUGACGGCGGUAGUGGGACAGCGCGCCGUUCUGCCCUGCCAAGUGGUCAACCUCGACAAGAGAGACGUAUCGUGGAUCAGGCAGCGUGACCUCCACAUCCUGACCGUCGGGAUUUACACCUACACCAGCGACGACAGGUUCAGGGUGUACCAUCCGGAGGGCAGCAAUGAUUGGUACCUGGAGGUGAACCCCGUGACCUUCCGAGACGCAGGUGUGUACGAGUGCCAGGUAUCCACGAGCCCGAAGAUACACCUGCCUGUGCUGCUGUCCGUGGAAGUCCAGCAGGCGCGGAUCGAGGGCCCGGAGGAGGUGUUCAUCCAGAGCGGGUCCACCAUCAAGCUCUCCUGCCUCGUUAACACCCACUCGGAUAACGUGGGCACCGUCACCUGGUUUCGGAACGCACAGGAGCUUGAUUACGACUCGCCCAGGGGCGGCGUGAGCAUCGAAAUUGAGAAGACGCCGCUCCGCACCACCUCCAAGCUCUUCCUGACGAGGGCGACGAAGGCGGACUCGGGGAACUACACGUGCGCUCCGAAGUUCGCCGACGCCGCCUCCCUGAUGGUGCACGUCGUCAACGGUGAGGAGUCCGCGGCCGUUCAUACAGCAGGUGGGGGGGAGCUGAGGCCUGACCUGGGGCUGUUGCUGACGACUCUAAUGCUGUUUGCUGUUACCCUGUGGUCUCCCAAGCGCCGGUGACCUCCCUUCCCCCCAGGGUGAGCAAUUAGCGUGGAGGGAGACACCUGGAGAUACCUGUUCAUCUCCACGACUACUACUACUACUACUACUACUACCACUACUUCUGCCUCUCCUCCUCCUCACUACUACUACUACUACUACUACUACUACUACUACUUCACCAUUUAGUGCCUUAUUUAUAUAAACUCUGGAAAUAAUAUUAAUGUGUAUCUACCUAGUAACACACACACACACACACACACACACACACACACACACACACACACACACACACACACACACACACACAUACAUACACACAUACCCACACUUGUAAAUUGAACAUAGAACACAUAAACAAAUAUAAAGAGAGAGAAAGAAAGGAAGAGAGAGAGAGAAGAAAAAAUACUCAGACACAAACCUUCUCUUUAUAUGUUAUUAUGAUACUGUAGAAAAAAAAUAUAAUAUCCACAAGAAUAAUUAAAUGUAUAUAGAAAAAAAAUAUUGUAGAGAAAACCACAAACCUCAUACCUGUCUUUAUGAAGGUGAUAAUUAUGUCGAGUGAAAGUAAUUAAGAAAAGGUUAAUAACAGGUAAGAAAAAUGAACAGGUGAGUGAAGUGAAUUAAAGAAAAAAAAGAGGAAAAUGAAAGUUGUUUGUCACCUCGUCGUGGAAACAAACAAACAAACUCACUUCACUUGUUUUGGUUGACUGGUUGGCUGGUUGGUUGAGUGGUUGGCUGGUUGGUUGAGUGGUUGGCUGGUUGGUUGAUUGGUUGAUUGGUUGGUUGAUUGGUUGAUUGGUUGAUUGAUUGAUUGGUUGGUGGAUUGAUUGGUGGAUUGGUUGACUGAUUGAUUGAUUGGUUGAUUGAUUGGUGGAUUGGUUGACUGAUUGAUUGAUUGGUUGAUUGAUUGGUGGAUUGGUUGACUGAUUGAUUGAUUGGUUGAUUGAUUGGUUGAUUGAUUGAUUGGUUGAUUGAUUGGUGGAUUGGUUGACUGAUUGAUUGAUUGGUUGAUUGAUUGGUUGAUUGAUUGAUUGGUUGAUUGAUUUAUUGAUUUAUUGAUUGGUUGAUUGAUUGGUUGAUUGAUUGACUGACUAGU